UCCCCCGCGCCGAAGCGUCUCCCGCCGGCCAGCCAGCCCGCGCACGUCCACGCCGCCGCUCCCCCCCGCAUUCGUCGUCCCUGUCCCGUUCCCGUCAGUCAGGUCAGCGGCGUCAAAGACAGGGGGAAAAAGAACAAACGCGAGGAAGAGGAGGAGGAGGAGCCGACGCGUCCGAGGUGAGGCCCAGCAAUGGCAUCUUCUUCGGACCCAUGGAUGAAAGAGUACAAUGAGGCAUCCAGGCUUGCUGAUGAUAUCAAUUCCAUGAUUGCCGAUAGAGGGUCUCUUCCACAAUCAGGCCCUGAAAUCAUGCGGCACACAUCAGCCAUUCGGAGAAAAAUAACUAUUCUUGGGACUAGACUGGAUAGCUUGGAAGCAUUGUUGUCCAAGAUACCUCCAAAGACACUCACUGACAAGGAGUUGCACAAGCGUCAGGACACACUUUCCAAUUUGAAAUCUAAAGCAAAACAGAUGGCUACAAGUUUCAACAUGUCAAACUUUGCCAACAGGGAGGAUUUACUUGGUCAGAGUAAGAAGGCAGCUGACGAUAUGAGUAGAGUUGCUGGUUUGGAUAACCAAGGAAUUGUUGGUCUUCAGAGGCAAACUAUGAAAGAACAAGAUGAGGGUCUUGAAAAGCUGGAAGAGACAGUCCUGAGCACAAAACAUAUUGCAUUGGCAGUCAAUGAAGAACUUACCCUGCAUACUAGAUUGAUCGAUGACUUGGAAGAUCAUGUUGAUGUUACAAACUCACGUCUUCAGCGUGUGCAAAAGAGGCUUGCAAUUUUGAACAAGCGCACUAAAGGUGGCUGCUCAUGCAUGUGCCUGCUGCUCUCUGUCGUGGCAAUAGUGAUUCUCGCGGUUAUCGUGUGGCUUCUUAUCAGGUAUCUGUAAAAGGGAACUUUGAUGUUUGCUCAACACAUCGCUUCUGUGCUACUUAUCAAAAUGUGCAGAGUUCUAAAUAUAUACCAUGGUUUUCGUCUCGACUUUCUUCUCCUGGUUGGAAUGGUUUCGUCAAUGUAUGUAAAUCAUAUGAGGCCCUGGCAUGUAUGCCCAACAAUGUCAGACUACCACUCACGUGGAAUUUGUUGGCUUGGAAUGAGAAGUAUAUAUGUUUUAUGUGUGAAGA